ACACGCAAGACAUGUGCAUCAGGCUAAUCCCUCAUUCUUCGUACAGUUUUCUAAUAUUAAGCGAUCCGUUAGCAUACUGUCACAUGGAUCCUCUAUCAAAUGCAAUGGGUGUACAAUUAUUACCCCUGUCGCAGAGUGACAAGUGGUUAAAGGCAGCACGGAUCCUCGAUAUGAACAAAGUAACGACUACAGACACUGGUCUGUGUUUCUUCAAGUUUCGUAAGCGAGCCAUCUCUUUCGAAGAAUACCUCGUUUACCUCAAGGACUUGGCGCAGUCUAGAGGUUUAAAUUUUGAAGACAUGAAAUAUGAAAUGGAAAGGUCCGGAAGACCGGUUCCUUUUAUUGAUAAAAAAAAGAAACGUAAAUUUAAAUUAAACUUUUUCUGCAUCAAGUAA